UUGGUUCCGAUACUCGACUGGUUUCCGUACUCGCAUGGCUCCAGUUGUCCUUGGAGAUCGUAUCACCAAAUUAGGGGGCUCUUUACUUUUACGUAAGGCAACCGUGGAGGAUUCUGGGAAGUAUGUUUGUCUAGUAAACAACAGCAGCGGUCAUGAGAAAGCAGAAGUUGAAUUGAUUGUUAGAGAAAACUUCCACAUCAGUGUCACUCCUGCAGUCCACAUUGUCGACGUAGGCAAGCCUGCUGUCUUCCAGUGUAAAAUUUCAGGUAAACCAGUGAAUUUCGUCACGUGGCAAAAAGACCAUGAACAGCUACCACAUGCGAACAGCAGGGUCCAUUUUGUGUCUCGAGACGUUCUGGAGAUUCAACAGGUCCAACGUCAAGACAAGGGCUUCUACCAGUGUUUUGUAUAUAAUGAUCGAGACUGUGCUCAAGGAACAGCGGAGCUUAGAUUAGGAG